CUUUUCUGCCUAAAAUUUCCCAUUACCCUCGGAUCUCUUUAUAAUAUACAACUUUGUAACAACACGUCUCUCUUCUUUUCUUUAAGGCUAAACUUCUUAUCCAAUCCAAGCAUGCACUAAUUGGAGCUUUCUUCAGUUUUCUUUUCUUUUCUUUAGGAAUAAAGGGUCAAUGCAACAUUUUAUGGACGGAUAUUCUGGUAAAAGUGCUGUUAGUGGGGUGUUUGUCCCCAAAAAGGGAUCUGGCAUUGCUUUGAAAGAUAUUUCUAAGAAUACGGAUCAGAGCACUCAAUUCUGCAGUCGACGGGGAUGCAGUGGCAGAAUUAAGUACACUCAGAAGACCAAAAGUGGAAGCUCCGUUAAAGCUAAAUGUUCAAGGCCUUUAGAUCAUUCUUCAAAUGACAAGAAAAUAAUUGGAAAUCCCUCUAGGUCAUUUUCUAUUGUAACCAAUGGAAAAAAAUCAGGUCCCAAUUCUAAGAGAGAAUACUCUUCUCAAUCAGAUAUUGAUCCAUUAGAAAGUAGUGUUUCGGGUGAGCCUCUGGACCCUAUGCCUUCACCAAGUAGAAUUCGAACAGCGUAUCACUCAGAAUCUAGAGAUGCCAAGACUCGAAAGGGUGCAGGGCAUUCAGGAAGUUCUAGAGUGACAUCAACUAUUAGACCAAGAAAAAUAUGUAAUCGUAAUUCUGGGUCAUGCAGCGAAAACAAUCAGCUAGAUUCUAUUUCACAGGUUUCUGAAGGCUCAGACCUUAGAGCAAGGAACUGUGGUGGUAGGAGCAGGUAUGGUUUGAGAAGUCUAAAGUGUAAUUCAAUUUCAGAUGUCGUUCCUCGAAGUUGUUCGACCUCAGAUUCCCAACUUAACAUGAAGGAUGUAGUGAAAAAAAGAAAUCCAGGAGAGAAAAGCAGUUCGUCUCAUGGAGUGAAGCAAGCAACUGCAGCCUCGUCAAUAGAUGGGCAUGCCCCCCCAUCAAUUAGUGGUAUCUCCAUAUCUAAUCUGCGACACAACAGAAGUUGGGCUGGUAGAGAGGAUGGCAAUGGUGUUGCAUCUGUUCGUUCUCGGAGGUUAACAGAUAUAAAUACAACUCCGAGGCAUUCUAAUUUAUAUAAUGGAAACGGUUCCUCAUUAAGAGAACCGGUGGUCAGGAUUUCUCAAUUAUGUCGGCCCGAGCUACCAGUUGAUGCUGGCGGUCACAAUUCCUCUCAACACGUCUCUGCAAAUGUUUCUUUAAUUGGUUCAAGUUCAUAUAGUCUUUCUAGUAGCAACAGCGAUAAUCUAUCCAGUGUAAUGCCUGCAGAAUUGGGCACAACCAAUUUAAUGGAUCGCAUGGCAUUCGGUAGAAUUGCUGAGGUAUUAUUAGCAAUUGGAAGACUUGAACAAGAUGAAGAGCUGAUUAGUGAGCAUGUUUCUGCCUUGGAGACGAGUUUAUUCCUCAGUGGGCUCAGCCAUUAUUAUGACCAACAUAGAGACAUGAGACUGGACAUUGAUAACAUGUCCUAUGAGGAAUUAUUAGCUUUGGAGGAGAGAAUAGGUAACGUUAGCACAGCACUCUCCGAAGAGGAAGUAUCAAAAUGCCUAAGGAAAAGCUGCUAUCAGCCCAUCCCUUCUGAAGUACGGGACACGGGAUCUUUGGGGGAGGACAAUGACACCAAGUGCAGUAUUUGUCAGGAGGAGUAUUUAUCUGGGGAUGAAAUAGGUAAGUUAGGAUGCCAGCACGGAUAUCACGUGGCAUGCAUCGAACAAUGGUUGCGGUUGAAGAAUUGGUGUCCCAUCUGCAAGGUUUCAGCAUCUCCUUCACAAUUAUCUUAGUUUAGUUCAUAGUAUGGACUAGAUGUUGGGGGAUGAUUGGAAUACCCUUAUACAGAUAAAUGUCUUUCUUUUCUCAUGGAUUUUUUCCCCUUUUUUUCCCUUUGCAUCAUGUUAAUCUCUCAAUAAUAGGAACUUUGGUGAACAUGUGUAUAAAUAUAUUCUCCAUUUUCAAAAUGUAAUUCUUCAUCUCAUACCUUUUUGCCCAAGUGUUUGGAGGUUCAUUAUUUCUUAACAUUCAUAGA